AUGCACACCGCGCCCAUCCUCCUCCUCUGCGCUGCCGGCGCCCUGGCGACCCCCAUCGGCAGGCGCGCCCCGGCGACGACGACGACGACGACGGACUACGUCGAACCGGCGCGCUGUGCACUGAACCCAACGUCGUCCGGGUACUGCGAGGGCACGGCCAACAACGCCAGCAUGGCCGAGAUAUACCUGUGCGGCGACCGGCGGCUCGGCCCCCUCGAGCUGCCGACGGGCAUCCGGCUCGGCACCAUCACGGCGACGUACGACCGGCUCGGCGGCAUGUGCCCCGGCAGGUUCCUGGAGACUUGGUACGACUCCGAGGCCAAGAGCUGGCGGUACCCGCCGCAGGACGGCUUCUCGCUCGACGACGGCGGCCACGCCAUCAAGGGCAACAUGACCAUCAAGGAAGGGACGCUGCUCGACCGCUUCGGCCACGAGGGCGGCAGGUUCGUGUCCCCCGCCGCCGCGCCCUACAUGCAGCGCUCGCUGCCGCCCGAGAACCUGGGGACGGCCGGUGAUGCAACGUUCCCAUACCAAUAUCACGUAUACCGCGUCAUCAGGGCUUUCACGGUCGAAGCCGGCCCGAUCGCCGAGGGGUUCGGCCAGCCGGGACAGGGAGUUCAGUACAGGAUGCAAAAAAGCGUGGUCGACAUGAAGGCGGAAAAGUUCCUCGAGUCCGUGAACCCAGAAGGUCUCCCGCCCCUGAACCCACACGGCGACGAGUGCAAGAAGGAUGGCAAGGAUGACACGGAGCAGAGUGUACUGAAAAGGGCCGCUUGA